ACACUGAAGACUGCGACAACCCUGCAGAUGCAUGACUCUGGAUAACUGAAGUGAAGUUAAAAACAGUGAAGUGAGAUGAGAAACGUCAGACAGCCGAAGACUCAACAACACAGACAGACAGACAGAGAGAGAGACAGACAGGUGGGAAUAGGUAGAUGUGGAGGACUUAGUGAGCUGCAGCCAUGAUGAGCAGAAAAAUUUCAUUUUUUGAGUUUUGGAGGAGCCAGAAGGAGCGAGGAGCGCUCCUGAAGAGAGCCGACGAGCUGAGACUUCAACCUGCACAGCUGAAGUGCUUGCUAGGCGACAGUGCAGUCCGGUCAGAGCUGCAAAACACCAGAAUGGCAUCUCUGCUGCCCCCUGUUGGUACAGAGGUCUUCAGGCGCUUCAUACCGGCCUCGUUGGAGGAGAUCCAACAACGACAUGAAGCUGAGGAGAAGGAGCGACAGAGGAGAAAUAACAAAGAGGUAGAGGACAAAGGCCUUCCCAAACGAGCCACUCACCUAGAGGCUGGGAAGCCCCUCCCAUUCAUCUAUGGAGACCCGCCCCCUGAGCUUCUCAACACCCCACUGGAGGAGCUGGAUCCCUUCUACCAAUCACAGAAGACGUUCAUUGUGCUCAGUAAAGGAAACAUCAUCCACAGGUUUAAUGCUGAGUCAACCUGUUACCUACUGAGUCCCUUCAGUCCUAUGAGGACCACCGCCACCAGGAUCCUCAUUCACUCUUUGUUCCGUUUGUUCAUCCUGCUGACGCUUCUGACCAACUGCGUGUUCAUGAUCAUAGGUUAUCCUCCAGCAUGGAGCAGGACUGUGGAGUAUGUGUUCACAGCCAUCUACACGUUUGAAGUCGUCAUAAAGAUUCUGUCGCGAGGCCUCUGCGUCGGACGCUUCACCUUCCUCAGAGAUCCCUGGAACUGGCUGGACAUCAUGGUCAUCUGCACGGCAUUUCUGACGCACUCUGUCUAUGUGGGGAAACUUUCUGUACUGAGCACGAUUCCCAGAGGGCUGAAGAUGAUCUCAGUCUACCCAGGUGUGAAGAGGACUGCCGGAGCGCUCAUCCAAUCAGUGAAGAGGCUGACUGCUGUCAUCGUCCUGAUGGUGUUUGUCCUCAGCAUCUUGGCUCUGAUUGGUCUGCAGCUCUUCAUGGGAAAUCUGAGGCAAAAAUGUGUCAAAUGGCCUGAGUCGCAGUCGCUUGGCAACCUGACCGACACUGGCAACCAAACAGGAAGCAGUGACUUUGAUUUCCACAAGUACAUCAGCCAACCAGGGAAUCUCUACUUCCUCCCUGGUCAGCUGGAUGCUCUGCUGUGUGGAAACAUCUCUGAUGCCGGGGUCUGUCCGGACGGUUACGUCUGUGUGAGGGCGGGCAGCAACCCGAACUACGGAUACACAAGCUAUGACUCGUUUGGUUGGUCUCUGCUGGCUCUGUUCAGACUGAUGACCCAGGACUUCUGGGAAAACCUGUUCCAGCUGAUGUUGCAAACAGCAGGUAAAACCUUCGUGAUCAUCUUCAUGCUCCUCGUCUUCCCUGUCUGUUUCUGCCUCAUCAGCCUCUUCCUGGUCAUGGUUGCUAUGGCAUCCGUCGAGCAGCACAUGGCCAGAGUUGCCGAAGCCAAACAGAAAGAAGAUGAGUUCAUUCAGAUCCAGGAGGUGAUGAAGAGGAGGGAAGAGAAGGAGGAGGAAGAAGAGGAGGUGGGUGUUUGGUGUCAGCAGGCGGCCUGCAGAGUGGAGCUCUCAGAGCAACAGGACUCAGCACCACAGAAGAAGAAUUCAGCUGGAGUAAUAACGUGUCCUCCGUGUUGUUUGGCCGUCCUGAGGUGGAACUGUUGUGGCUGCUGGCGGUGGCUCAAACAGCGGCUCUACACCUUAAUCACGAACCCGUUCUUCGACUUUGGGAUCGUCGUCUGCAUCGUGAUUGACUGUAUCUUCUUCGCCAUGGAGCAUUAUCCCAUGACAGAGGAGUUCGCAGAGCUGCUGAGCAUCGCAAACCUGGUUUUCACAGGGAUCUACACAGCUGAGAUGAUCCUCAAACUUUUGGCCUUGGACCCGUACGGUUACUUCCAGGUGCGCUGGAACAUUUACGAGAGCAUCGUUGUCAUCGUCUGUUGGUUGGAGCUGAUUUUUAUUGAUGUUGAGGGCCUGUCCAUACUGGUUGGUGUUGAAGUGGUGAUGCGGAUGCUGAGACUGGCCCGGUGGUGGCCAACCCUCCACAUGUUCAUGAAGGUUAUCUGGACCUCAGUCCGGGCCCUGAGGAACCUGACUCUUGUUCUGUUGAUCAUGGUCUUCCUCUUCACCAUUGCUGGCACGCAGCUGUUCCACGAGGAUUAUGGAAACGUCUGUCGCAUUCCAGAGAACUGUAGGCUUCCUCGCUGGCACAUGUACGACUUUUUCCACACCUUCAUCCUUAUCUUCAGGGCCCUGUGUGGCGAGUGGAUUGAGACCAUGUGGGACUGCAUGGAAGUCUCAGGUCCGACCAUGUGUCUGAUCUUCUACAUGACGGUCCUGGUCAUCGGAAACCUGCUGGUCCUGAAUCUGUUCCUGGCCUUAUUGCUGAACUUUUUCAACAACGACAAUCCAAAAGAAAAAGAGGAAAACAACGUACAAAUUGCCGUUGCCCAGAUCAAAGGGAGGGUGACGCGCACCAGGAUCUGGAUCCUACAACAUAUGUGGACUUUGCUGGGAAAGAGGAACUACAUGAAACCCGACCACAAAGUGGCCGACAGUACGAAGGAAUGCCUGGGUUUGACCUGCGUGACCUCAGACCAGCCAGCGUCAGACGUUAAGGCCCCUGGAGGUAAAUACGACAGCACCACCUUCCGGAGGGUUCCCGAGGCCGAGGCCGAGAUUGAAUUCAAGACGCCUGAGAACGAAGAGAAAGAAGAGAAAAAGCAACAACAGGAUGAAGACAAUGCAAAUCAUAGAGAAAACACACCUGAGGACUGCUGCUGUGACAGUUGUUACCGUUGCUGUCCAUUCCUGGAUGCGGACACGUCCCGGGGCCCGGGGAGGGUGUGGUCUAACUUCAGGAGAGCCUGUUUCUCUGUUGUACAACACAAAUACUUUGAGACCUUCAUCAUCUUCAUCAUCCUGCUGAGCAGUGCAGCUCUGGUGUUUGAGGACGUCCACUUACAGCAGCGUCAGGUCUUACAGAUGGUUCUGGACAAGGCCGAUCAGGUGUUCGCGUACCUGUUCCUGCUGGAGAUGGUUCUCAAGUGGAUCGGCUGUGGAUUCAGGAAGUACUUCACCAGCGCCUGGUGCUGGCUCGACUUCCUCAUCUUGGCGGUGUCUCUGGUGUCAAUCGCGCUAGGCAUGCUGGGAUACUCUGAACUGGGAGCCGGCCUGUCCCUGAAGACUGUGAGAGCUCUGAGGCCCCUGAGGGCCCUGUCUCGCUUCCAGGGCCUGAGGGUGGUGUUGAAGGUUCUGGGUGUAACCCUCCCGGCCAUGUGUGACGUGUUGUUUGUGGUUUUGUUCGUCUGGUGUAUCUUCAGCAUCACUGGAGUGCAUUUAUUUGCUGGAAAGUUCUACUACUGCUUUAAUGAGACAUCAGACGAUCUGUUCUUUUCGGAGGACUUGAACAACAAGACAGAGUGUCUGUCUCUGAUACAGCAGAACUACACUGAAGUUCGCUGGAAGAACACGAAGAAUAACUAUGACACCGUGAGCGCAGGCUACCUGUCACUGCUGCAAGUGGCAACAUUUAAAGGCUGGAUGGACAUCAUGUAUUCAGCAGUGGACUCCAGACAGGUGGAGUCUCAGCCAGCGUUUGAGUCCAACUUGUACAUGUACCUGUACUUCAUCUGUUUCAUCAUCAUUGGCCGCUUCUUCACCUUCAAUUUCUUCAUCAGAGUCUUCAUCAACACGCUGGAUCAGCUAAGACACAAGUUUGGAGGGAAACAUGUUUUCAUGACGGAGGAGCAGCAGAAACAUUUGUGGGCCAUGAAAAAACUGUUCUCCAAGAAACCUCAGAAACCGGUUCCACGACCCCAGAAUAAAUGCCAGGCUCUGCUCUUUGACCUGGUGACCAAACAGUGUUUCGAGGUCUUCAUGGUGGUGGUGAUCUGCCUGAACAUGGUGACUCUGAUGGUGGAGACGCAGGAGGACAGCAUGGAAAAGGAGUUCAUUUUACACUGGUUCAACUUCUCUUUUUACCUCGUCUUCUUCAUCGAGUUCCUCCUGAAGAUCACUGCGCUCAGACAGCACUACUUCUCCGACUACUUGAACAUCCUUGACUUUGUGAUUAUUUUCUUCUCCACCGUAGAUCUUUUCAUAGCUGAUUUGGUGGAGAAGUAUUUCUUCCCACAGAGCUUACUGCCUAUUCUCCGAUUGGGUCGGAUCAGUCGUAUCAUCCAUCUCUUUCGCUGGGCCCAGAGGAUCCAGACGUUACUUGCGGCCUUUAUGAUGUCACUGCCUGCCCUCUUCAACAUCUGCCUCCUCCUCUUCCUCCUCAUGUUCACCUUCUCCAGCUUCGGCAUGUUCAGCUUCGCCCAUGUGAAGAAGGAGGCCAUGAUAAACGACACGUUUAACUUCGAGACUUUUGUGAACAGCAUGAUUUGUCUGUUUACAAUAAUCACAACAGCUGGAUGGGAUGGUCUUCUUUUUCCCAUCCUGAACACGCCUCCGGACUGCGACCCAGACUUUGAGACCCCGGGAUCUGCUGUGAGAGGGAACUGCGGCAGUCCAACAGUGGGCAUCGUCUUCUUCACCUCCUACAUCAUCUUGUCCAUGCUGCUGGUGGUCCACCUGUUCAUUGCCGUCAUUCUGGAGACCUUCAGUGUGGAGGACAUCGAGCGGCUGAGUGAUGGCGACCUGCAGAUGUUUUAUAAAGCCUGGAGGAAGUUCGACCCCGACGGCUCACAGGUCAUACAGUACAGUCAGCUGUCAGAUUUCUGCGACGCUCUGCAUGGUCCUCUGAGGAUUCCCAAACCAAACACCAUCAAACUGAUCCACAUGGAUCUGCCUCUACUUCCUGGAGACAAGAUUCACUGUGUGGAUGUCCUGCUCACACUUACUGCACAGGUGUUCGGUGAUUCGGGAGAGACGGAUGCUCUCAAAGCCACAAUGGAGGAAAAGUUCACUGCCAACAACUCAUGCAAGGUGUCGUACGAGCCAAUCAGCAGCACCCUGCGGAGGAGACAGGAGGAAAUUGCGGCAACAGUGAUACAGAGAGCGUACAGGAAACACCUCCUGCAGGACAGAGAUGGCGAGGAGACGGUGCCUGAGUCUGCAGGCGGCGCUUCAGGUGCUCCAGGUGUUUAAGGUCGACCAGACCCUGAAUCAGCAUCUCUGGUCUGUGCUGAGGAGUUUUUAAUCUUCUAACAAAGCUGAAACAGAUAAAUUUCAUUUAACUACUAAUCCAAGUUAUUACUGUAGUGACACUUUGCUAACACUUAUUACAGGUACAUGAUCUCGGUGUAGAAUAGUAUCAGUGAUCACCUGAUAGUUUUCUCUGGUCCACAGUCUUAGGAGAUGCCUGCUUGACCAGAAAUGUCUUUUGAUGGACAUUCAAGGUGACCAAUCACAGACCUUGACACUGGUGUGACAUUAUACACCAACCUGAAGCAGUUUAGCUACAAACAGAGCAGCGAUGUUCUAUUUUGCUGUCAGCAUGCUAACGUGACAACGUUAGCGACUGUUUAGCAGAUAUAAUGUUUACAAUGUGCACCAUCUUAGUUUAGUGCGCUAGCAUGUUAACAUUAGCUAAUUAGCAGUAAGCAUCAAGUACAGCUGCUGUUGAUGGGAAUGUUAUUAGUUCUGUAGGUAUCAGAUCAUAAACCAAAGCCUGGAACAAAGUAAACGUGACCUGAUGAUGGCGCUACGUGAAAAGUCAUCCACAAAUUCAGUGCUGUUCAUCCUGAGGGAGACAUGAACGUCUGAACCACAUUUCACCACAAUCCGUCCAACAGCUGCUGAGAUGUUUCAGAUCUGAUGUCCACAGAAACCUGGUCCUCACGUAGCUGAAAACAAGUCAGACAAACUCAGAAACAUAUUUAGUUUGUUGGACAAAGUUUGUUUCCCAGCAGACUGAUUAACCUGCACAAAUACUCAGAAGUGCACAUAACAAUAUGUUAUCCACAUGUAUUACACAUGUAUUUCUAAUAUUAUUUUUAUCAAUAUUUUCACAUUUAUUUGGCUUUUUAAACAUAGACUAACAUCUCUGUGUUAAAGUGAACACAAACCUGAUCUAAAAAUCACUCAGUGUUACACGUGUAUUGAUUUGACUCAUUGAUUCUGUUUUAUUAACCUUGUACUCCCACAACAUAGAAUGUACUUUAACCAAAAGACGACCAUUGUAGGUCAGAGUCUCAUGUAUUUUGGUUUUGUUGAUUUUCUGUGGUGUUGUGUUGUGUUGUGUGUCUGUGAAACCAUCAGGUUCUAUGUGUUUGUUCCUGUUUACUGACAGAUGUGCGGCUUUGUGCUUGUCAUCAUCUGCCGCUUAUCUGGGCCCAGGCCCAUCCCACAGGUGGUGAGCCCGUGGGAGGUGGUGCCGUCCGAAGUGGGGCUCAAACCCACGACCCUGAGAGAUUGAAUCUCAUGCUCCACCCACCAAGCUAACCGGGCGGCCUUUUAUAAUUUUUUAUUCUUUUUUUUAAUCGUGUUUUUCAGCGUUGAUGUUGAUGCUGUUGUUUCCUUCAUUCUCUUUUUAUGUGUAAAAUCUAAUCAAACAAAAAAAAUAAAUUCAGUUUUAUACAGUUUUACACUUUAUGU